CGUAAACCGCUUUACGUCACAGUCAGCUGUUCGAUGAGGAAGUAAACAAACGUUGAACUGAACAGACAACGCGACGAAAAAAAGGACCGGCUCUCCAAAUGGUGUCCCUGAUUUGCACUUUAAAAGACCAUCGAGACGAUGUCAACUGGUGUGCUUUCUCAGCAAAACUGUUUGCAACGUGUUCUGGAGACAAAACCCUCCGAAUAUACAACACCCAUGACUUCUCAGAGCUGCCCUUCUCGCCGCUGUCAGGACAUGGCUACAGCGUCCACUGCUGCUGCUUCAGCGCCUGUGGACAGUUCCUCGCCUCAUGUUCCACAGACGCGACCACAGUGAUCUGGUCGAUGGUCACGGGCGAGAUCGAGGCCGUCCUGGAGCAUCCUGGUCGCAGCCCUGUCAGGAUCUGUGCGCUCUCUCCCGACUCUGCCCACCUGGUUUCUGGUGCGUCAGAUGGCACUUUGGCUCUGUGGGAUUUCCCUUCGAAACAGCUGCGCAGGACCGGGUCAGUGAACGAUACGACGAUGGUAGCCUGCUCCUUCAGCCCCUGCAGCCAGGUGUUUGUGACCGGCUCCACCUAUGGAGACCUGCGUCUGUGGGAUCUGGACAUGAACCAGCUCCAUGCAGAGAAGAAUGCCCACGACCUGGGGGUGACCUGCUGCGCCUUCGCUCCCAGCAUCCUUAGCGGCAGUCAAGUCGUGCAGUUUCAUUUGGCAUCCUGCGGGCAAGACAGUCAUCUGAAGAUCUGGGCAAUAAACAAGUUCGGCUCUGGAGCCUAUAAGAUGCAGCUUCUCCACACAUUAACCAGCCAGUCGGCUCCGGUCCUCUCGUGCGCGUACUCCUCAGACGGGCAGCUGCUUGUGUCUGGCUCAGUUGACAAAACGGUUACAGUCUAUGAUGCAAAAAACGCAGUUUUGCUUUACACGUUGAACCAGCACGAGAGGUACGUGACAGCAUGUUCCUUCUCGCCAACUUCACCACUAAUUGCUACAGGAUCCAUGGAUAAGACCGUAAACAUCUGGAGGGUGGAGGACGGAUGCAGCAGCCGUGAGGAGUCUUCCCUGACAUCAGGUGAAGGAACAACCUCAGCAGGUCGAUCGAAGCUGCUGGUCAGUGAUUGGUCGGAGGAGGAUGUGUCAGCGUGGCUGCUGGAGGAAGGACUCGAGGGAUUGGUGGACAAAUUCAGGGCCAACAACAUAGAUGGGACCGAGCUGCUCAAUCUCACCAAGGAAACGCUGGCGUCAGAGCUGCACAUAGAGUCAGUAGGCUUGCGCAGCAAAGUCCUGAGGAAGGUGGAGGAGCUGAAGAGUGAGUCGGUGUGUUCGGGUAUUCCUGAUGAGUUCUUGUGUCCAAUCACCAGAGAGUUGAUGAGGGAGCCGGUCAUUGCUGCUGACGGAUAUUCGUAUGAAAGAGAAGCCAUCGAGAGCUGGAUCAACACCAAGAACCGCUCCAGCCCCAUGACCAACCUGCCCUUACUGACCACUCUGCUCACCCCCAAUCACACCCUGAAGAUGGCUAUUGGUCGGUGGAAGACCAGUCACUAGCAUCCUGAAGAGCUCCCACCAUUCCCCAACUAUUUUCUCUAAAGUAGAAAGAAAACAGAAUCCAGUGCUCACCGAGAUACUGCAGCUUUUCAAGUACAAGUGUGUCUUAUUUUGUGCCAUUUGAGGGCUUCUGCACAAUGUGGAGGUUUUUUUAGUAGCACUAAUUUGUAAAGUUGCAUUAAGCAUUUGACCAGAGCUUAGUCGAUGGAAAAUGCCAAAUAUUUGCUGGUUGCAGCUUCUCAAAUGUGAGGAUUUUAAGCUUUUUUUGUUUCAUACAUGAUAGUAAACUGAUUGUCUUAGGAUUUCAGACUGUUGAUUGGACAAAACAAGACAUUUGAAGAUGUCACCUUGGAAUCUGCCAACUCAUCUCAUUCACCUGUGACUUAUUUACCUUAGCGCUAGGUGGUUUUGCUCAUAGUACAACCAGUGUGUGAGGGCAGAGAGUGAUCAGUUUGAAAUGGACAGUUGUGGUUUGUUAAUCCGAAUAGCAAAAAAUUAUAGUGCUGGGCAGAGAACACAUGGAGAUAAGAAGUGUUCCAAGAUGUCGGUAACACCAAGCACUCCCAGUAAAAACAUUUUAAUUACAAAGUGCAGAAGUAACGUUUCAAUCUUAAUCUUCAUCAGAUUCACCAUUUGCUCAGGGGUGUUCGAACGCACUUGUUGGUGGUAUAAAUAAGGCUAUUGACCGAAGAAAUGUUUAAAGGAUAUGGCUAGUGAUUUUCUAUAUUUCUC